AUGCAUAAGCUGGUGUUUUGCUGUCUCAUUAUUAUCAGUUUCUCCUGUCCUCUCUCGUCUCUCCCCAUCAUCAACGCCAGUGAGAUGUCUUACCAACUCUCAGCUGAUGAAGAUUCGAGAUUAAAACUGGAGCAGUUGGGCAGCCUGGGAAGCACUUCCCUGCUUCAGUAUCUGCCAGAACUCUUGGGCACACUGACUGAAGACAACAAAGCAGGUCUUAGCCCCAGCAGCUACAACCCAAGGGAAAAUAUCAAAGAGACCUUCUAUGGAAAUCAUCCUCGAAUUGCUUUGCUGGGCCGCUUAUUGACCAAGGACAGGAAACAGUACAAGAAACGUGGGAAUCUUUCUGAGUGCUUCUGGAAAUACUGUGUGUAA